AUGACCGAUAAUAAGCCAGGCGAUAUAGGUCUAUCGCCCCGUCUAGGGUCUAGAAAAUCUUAUCAAAAAGUAAACAUGGACUUAAUUUUCUUAGGAACAGCAUCUGCUCACCCAUCACCUUCUCGGGGUGUAUCAGGCACGGUAUUAAGGAGUGAGAGGGAGGCAUGGUUGAUAGAUUGUGGAGAAGGCACCCAGAUUCAGUUGAUGAGAAGCAAUGUGAGGCCUGGUCGCAUCACCAAGAUCUUCAUCACCCAUCUCCAUGGUGACCACUCUUUUGGUUUGCCAGGUCUCAUGUGCACCCUCAGCGCUGCCUUCAUGGACCCUGACAGAGAGGGCAGUAUCAUGCAUAUAUAUGGUCCUCAAGGUUUGAGAAAGUAUGUCCGUGUAAGCUUGGAGCUGUCCAGAUCAGAGUUGUCCUACUCCUAUGUUGUACAUGAGCUGCAAGUUCCAGACACAGAAUUUCCUCAUGACUGGGAGACAUGGAAACCAUCGCAUGAGGCAGAGGGUUCAUUACAUCCCAAUGAGAAGACAGGACAAGCCAUUUUUAUGACCGCAGAUGGCACUUACAAGCUACAUGAGGAUGAUAAUUUUAUCAUCCAUGCUGCCACAAUAAGUCACAGGGUACCUUGCUUUGGAUAUGUGUUCCUGGAAAAACCUCAACCAGGCAGGUUAGAUGCUGAGAUGCUCAAGGCAAGGGGAAUCAAGCCAGGUCCACUGUAUGCCAGAAUCAAAGCCGGGCAUGAGAUUGAAGCUCCAGAUGGCUCAGUUAUCAAACCCCAAGAUGUUGUUGGACCAACAAGACAAGGAAGAAAAAUUGUAAUCCUUGGAGACACCAAGGAGUCCUCUCGAAUCAUUCCCAUUGCCAUGAAUGCAGACGUCCUUGUUCAUGAAGCUACCCUAGCGGAUGAGCAUCAUGAUCUAUGCAUCGGAAGAGGGCACUCCACACCAGCCAUGGCAGGUCAGUUUGCUGCUCAAAUCCAAUGCGAGCAUCUAGUCAUCACUCACUUCAGUCAGAGAUACUAUCCCUUAUCACAUCAGGGCAAGGAAGGGGAUGAGACUGUUCAGAAGCUUCUUGAUCAAACGAGAGCAACGUUUCCAGGAGGGAAGGUGACCGCAGCGGAGGAUUUUUUGACUAUCUCUGUUCCAGCCAGGAGGUGAUGCAAGCCAUCAUCCCUGCUUCCCCAUUUUAUCAAUAGUAAGAUUUGAUUACGUGAUUCUUGAAGAAAUGGCAAUUCAUAUUAUGGAAAUCUAAAAAAAAGAGUUUUGCUGAUUUAGAGUGUAUACAAUGAUACGAAUACUAACAGCCAGCAUUGUAGUGCCUUUAAUUAAAGCCUUCUUGUCAGAAUAAAUGCUGAAUCACCUUCAUAUUGUAUCACAUUCUGAGCCAUUUAACUUGUUCUUCCAUCAAGGAAGUCUGACAUCCCCCCAAAUUUAAAUUUCAUAAAUCACAUGAGGAAUCAGAUCCUCAAUCAUUAAGAUUUUCACAUUUGAAUGUUCAUAUAAAAUGCUGUUUUAAAUAUGAAAUGUUUUAAUCAGAUAAGCACAGGGUUGGAUGAAGACUACAAACCGGUACAUAACAUGGCUUAAAUCACUGAAGAGGUUCAUCUGAUUAGUGAUGUAACUUGAAUUUUUUUUUUUUUUUUUUUUUCACGUUCAGAAAAACUACAUGUUUUGGUAAACUUAUUCAGACCUAUGUCAUAGUUGGCGCUGUUGCUGAUGCAGUACAUCUUGAUGUGUAGCACAAAAUGUAAUUCAUCCAUGAACAUAGAAUUGGAGUCAAAGCUCGUCAUCUGCGGUCAUUGAUAGUUAAAUGUAACGUUUUAAUAAUAUAUCUCUUUUAUUACUGCUCAGUUCUCCUUUUAUUAUUGCUUCUAACUAAAUUCUCUUCACAUACUAUUUCUAAGUUUUAUUGAUUGCGAUAUCAGUCGAGACUCUUGGUUGUAAACCGCUUUUGGUAUCCGUUUAUUACGUGACUGCCUAUCUUUUAUAAUAACAAAACUUAACCACAAGAUAUUAAGCUAAGAUCAAAUAACAGGUCUUUCGUUUACCUCUCUCUCUCUCUCUCUCUCUCUGGAUAAGUAAUACUCUUUGUUCCUCUUUGUUCACUAUGCAAAAUCUCAUUCAUACUCAGUUAAUAUAACACACAGAAGGGAAUCACAACAGAAGCAUGUAUCAAACAAAUAGUGAAAGUGUUAUGUGAAAACUUGUUGAAAAUUCAAUAUUGUUGAAAAAUCUUAACAAAUAAUAUAUCUGAAUUAUGCCGUGUAAAUUUCAUCUACCGGUAAUCCAUAAAUAGAAUGACAGUAUACAAAUGAUGCACAGGUUUGAGUGCGUCGGUAGGGAUUGUGUGCACAAGGUACCUUUGAAUGGUUUUAGACCAAAUUCAAAGGUACCGCGUGCACACAAUUCCACCGACCCACGAAUUGAACCUGUGCAUCAUGUGUUUUAUAAGAUGGGGCCUAAAAAUUGUCAAAAAUACAAAAUUUUGUUAUUUUACAGAUUUAUCGGAUGCAUGGCAAAAUCAUUCGUCCAGUAAUCCAGUAAUUACCGGACGCAUGAUUUUGGCCAAUGGUAAGAAUGUAUUAGGAAACAACACUCAAGACUCACCUCACUUGAAACAAAUGAUAUGAACUCGAACUCCAUGAAGAAAUAAAAAAAAAUGAUGAAUGCUGAACUUGAAGUUGAACAAGAAAGUCCCCUGAAGUACAAGUUGACUCUAUAUACACUGUACACUAUAUACACAGAUAGGCUGGUGUCAUUUAAUGAUUGUGAAUUGUAGAGUUUACUACACCCAGCUGCAGUAGAGAUCUGUUUCAUUUUGUUCGAAAGUGUGUUCUGAUUCUGUUCUGAUCCUGGUCCUGAUCGAGUUGAUAUUAAGAUGUAGGUUGUGUAGAUCAGAAGGUCCGCUACUUGGAGACCUGUAGAAAGCUGCAACUAUCAGGUCUGGUUGGUUGUUUACUUUUACUCUGACAGCUAAAAGUGGGCAUUCAUGACGUAGGUCCAAUAAUAUAACUUGAAGUGUUUGUCGGAAUGCGAUAAGAAUUCCACCUCCCCAACGGUCUCUGUCUUUUCUACAUAUACCAUAUCCUCGAGACUAGUGUAUUAACUCUUGGUUACUAAAUUCAUUGUCAAGUUUAGUUUUGGUGGCUACAACUAUAUCAGGGUUUAAAUCCUCAAUAAUACCCUGGAAUUGGGUUUGUUGUCCAAAGAUUUGAAACUGCAUACGUUUAAGUUGAGAACCCUCAGUCCUUUAUCAGAUGUGUGGUUCAUAUAAGACGGAGGAGUACUCCGAGUAGGGUCUGUUACAAAAGAAUGUCAUCAAAUCUAUGAACACCUUGUUUUGCAAA